CGUGAGGCUGGCAGGAGAACGUACGUCAACAUCAUGUCUGGAGAGAACAAGGUGAGCUGGAACGUCAAGGACCUCAUCCAAAAUGGAGAGUACUACUUUAGAAUCCAGGCUAUUAACAAAAUUGGAGGAGGAGAGUUCAUUGAGCUCCGCAAUCCAGUUAUUGCUCAGGACCAGAAACAUGUUCCUGAUCCACCAGUGGAUCUCGAAACCCACAAUCCUACAUGUGAGACCAUCACUCUGACUUGGAAGCCUCCAAUGUAUGACGGAGGCUCCAAAAUAAUGGGCUACGUUCUAGAGAGGCAGAAAAAGGGAGAAGACAAGUGGGAGCGCUGCAAUGAUUUCCUGGUACCUGUCCUAUCCUACACUGUCAGAGGUCUGACUGAGGGCAAGAGCUACUCUUUCAGAGCCAGAGCAGAGAAUGCCGCCGGGAUUAGCGAGCCGUCACGUGCUUCAUUGUUUGUCAAGGCCAUGGAUGCAGUGGGUAAGGAAGGAUUAAAAAAACGGCUGGUCUGUAGCAAAUCUUAUCAACCAAUUCAAGCUGUAGAUCUUUAGA